AUUCGGUAUCCUUCAAUUAGCAUUAUCGGACAAAACAAGGCGAUACUAGAAUCAAUUAAAUAGUUUUCAAUAAACGCCGCAGCGACAGUGGCGCCGACAUUUUCCAUAUAUCAGGGUUUGUUUUCACGAAUACUUCAUUCCACCGUAAAUCGUCCUCGCGUGAACACCUGAUCCUGACCGGUCCGCGCACGUGACACACAAGUGAAAGCCGGCUUUUCCACUGUUUGUCCUUCAAGAAAUAAUCAAUAAAAUUAUUUUUCCACCGUGUUUUACUCUUAAACGAGCCUAUUUUUUGUGAAUAUCAACACGGAGACAGUGCAACGGGAAGCGCUUGAAAGAUAUCGAUCCGCGUGAAAUUUUCGCGUUCAGCGCCAGCUUUUCGUCGCAGCGCAACCAAUAUUCCUACAAAAACGUUAAAACCGAAGAGUCAUCGUCACCGCCGAAGAGAUGGCGUUCAUGAUGCCGGUUAUGAAGAACGACUGGGACAUAUACAACUCGCAGCGGUCGCGGAAGACGUCCGAGAACGCGGAGAAAACGCCCGGCGGACGCGUGCGGAAGGUGUCGGAGUCACGGUCGGAGGGCCCGGCGCUGUCGCCGCGCUCGGCGUCCACGCUGAGCCCGCACCGCUCGGCGCCGGCCAUGCGCUCGCUGUCGUACUGCCGCGCGCCGCCGUCGCGCGUCUCGCUGCGCCACGCCGACAGCCCCAAGGGCUCGGCUAGCCCGCCGACGCCGAAGGCCCGCGAGGACAAGUUCCACAGCAGGGCGCGCGCCGAGUCUCCGCCGCGGGCCUCGCGCUGCGGGGCCUGCGUGCCCUACCUGUGACGGGGCCGACCCACGGCCCGGCCCCGAGCCUCGCGCGCGCCGACACACUAUCUGUGAUAUGUACGAACCGGAGGACUCUCGAGUUGAGUAAUGUUUGAAUGUGCUACUAAUAUGUAAUAAAUAACCGCCUGCUGGUUCUCGAGACGCUCAAGAACCUAUUCGACUUAAAUAUUUCUGUUUCAUCAACAUGACGCAAUAGUGUACCUUCUUUGCUUUCCUUCAAAAAUUUUGCCGAUGUUUAUUUAUUUAUACGGCCAUUUAAUUAUACCAUUGCGUAGACUUGUAAUCCAAAUUAUAGCCAAAAGGUUACACUUUUGCUGUUGCAUGUUCACUUGUGAAUUGUAAGGCAGUUUUAAUUAUAACUAUGUAGUAAGUCAUUGUAAUACGAAGCAUUGAUUCGGAGAAGGUUGUCAGUCAGUAUUAGGUUGUAAUGUAUUGUAUAACGGCUGUUUGAAUGGAUUAAGACUGCGUUAGGGUAAGUUCGCCGUAGGACGAGUCGGGCUAUAUAAUAUCCGAUAAAUAGAAACAGUAUACCUAUGGCAGUUUCAACAUGCUAUCUGUGAUUCGUUGUUUGUAAGUUUACGAGGAGUUAUUUAUUUUAGCAGUAUUGAUGAACACCCACUCUGAUGUUUAUGUAUGUUUCGUUUCAUAUUUCUGAAAUGUGAUCCACUGAAAAUAUUAAAUUUGUAGUAGGUCAUACACAUUUGAGUUAGAUUUAUGGUCCUUCAUAUUAAUAUUUUCUACCCCCUUAAAAUAUUUUUUUUUUGUAUUUUUUUAAACUUCAUCUGUUAGAAAGAUCUUGAGUUGCAAUCAAGGUUUACAAAACGACUAAUGAAAAAUGAGCAUCGACCAAAUACAAAAAGUUAAUACAAUUAUAUGAAUAACGACAUUAAAGAGUACCUUAUUAUUCUAGAAAUAUACAAGUAUUGUUAAUGAAAACUGUCGAUAUUGUUACAUUUAGGCAAAACGAGAUUUAGUCGUCAAUAGACAGUGAGAAUAAUAAUAAAUUUUAGUUUUAUAGUUGGUUGACAUAAGGGGUGUAGGUAGCUCCAUUUAUUUUAAUCUUUUGUUAUGGAUUUUGCAUGAGUUUAUGUGAUGUUUAAAUACCUAAUUGUGUAUUUCAUCGACUCGACUGUGUAAAUGGACCAGCUUUAUAAAAUGUUUAUAAUAGUAUAUUAUAUCUAUUUCAAUUGUCAGUGAAACUGAAUCGGUUCAAUGGAUUUGUUACCGAUUAAUUAGAAAAUUCUAAAUUUUAAGGCAUAUCUGAAUCUUUUUUAUAAUGUUAGUACUUAUUAAAAUAUGUAUUUAGACGUUAAAAAUGUUCACUCCUUGCCAUAAAUUCCGUCUAGAAUGUUUACAACCAUGAAAUAGGAAUAUUGGUUAGGGGUGAAGUACGUACGUGAAUCCAUUCACUAUUGACAAUGCAUUCGUGUACGUUUCAGUUCCUUGAAUCAAACUGCCAUACAUUUUGGAACUUGCCACAUUGUACAGUCACCACACGGGAUUGUUAUGCCAUUUAGGGAUCUUGCUAAAUUGGAAAUUCUAUAGUGUAAGUAUUGAACAACCAAUUUAGCUAGGACCCUAAAUGGCGCAAGAAUCGCGGAGCGUGAUGGUACCUCGGUGGCAAAGGGCAGGAGCCACAAAGGACAUCCUUGCACUUUGCCAACGACACGUUUUGUAAGAUUAGCCCUCAAUUUUUCCACAAUUUGUAGUUCUUUGUCAAUGUUUAUCUGGUUUCUAAUAAGUAAAUAUCUUCUUGUAUGUCUAUGUCCAAAUAGUACCUAUAUGAAUGUAUGCAAGCAAUGUCUGAUUUAAAUACAUAUAAAGCUUAUUAUCUAAAAA